CAUGAUGGAGAAUGAGCCGCCCCUCACAUCACCGGAUGGAUCCAGUAAUGGGAACUCACCAGAGGGAUGUCUGCGUCCUGAUUCCACACAGGAAGGUCACACCACCCCUUACCCUGAUCAGACUGAAAACCUGAUGGACCUCAAUGUUCUGGUGAAGGAGGAAUCGGAAGAGGAGGAGAUUAUAAUCCCUGUGGUGGUGAAGGAGGAGGAGGACAUUCCUACAGAGAGCAGCACAGGCAGAGCAGUACGUAGGAAACCUCGGAAAGGGAGAACUUUUUCAUCUCCAGUUUGUAAACGGAACGCUGUCAUUCACAAAUCUUCAGAAAGUGGACCGGAUCACUGUAACCCUGAGGAACCUUGUCCUGGUAAAUCAGCGCUGGACGCGUUUUCCUGUUCAGAAUGCGGAAUGUGUUUUUCAGGAUUGUCCGCUCUUAUCUCCCACCAUGAAACUCACAUGGACGAGGGUCCCUUGAUAUGUUCCAAGUGCGGGAAAUGUUUCACAGCAAAAACAGAGCUCGUCUUGACGGACCAGAACCAGUUUUCAUGCUCCACCUGUGGCGAAAGCUUGGGGCAAGAAUCCAGUCCUGGACAGAAGGCUGCCGUGGAGAAGCCGUAUUCUUGUGCGGAUUGCGGGAGGUGCUUUGCAAGUCAGGCUUCUCUCGACAGGCAUCAGCUGACUCACUCUGGGCAGAUGAAAUUUGAGUGUGUGGACUGCGGCAAACAUUUCCCCUUCCGGUCCAAGCUUUUACAGCACCGCAGGAUGCACACCGGAGAAAGACCUUAUGUGUGUUUGGAGUGUGGCCAAUGUUUUGCCUGGUCCUCCCACCUCCGCGCUCACCAGAGAAACCAUGAAGGCGUGACUUUUCCAUGCGUCGAGUGUGGGAAGUGUUUUAAGGAAAGGUCACGGCUGCUCGCUCACCAGAAAAUUCACGCAGGUGAGGCACCAUUUACCUGCUCAGAGUGCGGAAAAGGUUUCAUCACAAAGACUGACCUCAGCAGUCACAACAGGGUUCACACAGGGGAGAAGCCAUAUUCCUGCGUAGAGUGUGGUCAGCGAUUCGCCUGGUCGUCGCUGCUCCGUAGUCAUCAGAAAAUGCACUCGGAGGAGAUGCCUUUCUCCUGCACUGAGUGCGGCGAAGGGUUCCUGGACAAGUCCUCGCUGGUGAGACACAGGGCAGCACACACAGGCCAGACACCCUUCACCUGCUCUGACUGUGGUAAGGAGUUCUUGGACAAGUCGUACCUUAACAGACAUCGGAGGAUACACACGGGGGAAAAGCCUUUCGCCUGCUCGGAGUGCGGGAAAGAGUUCAUAGAUAGAUCAAAUUUUAUUAGACACAAGCGACUUCAUACUGGGGAAAAACCAUUUAUAUGUUUGGAGUGCGGGAAGGCCUUCGCCCAAACCACCCAUCUUAUCAAACACCAGAAAGUUCACUCCCGUUAACUCACUUUCAGAUCAUGUGUGUGGGAAAAUGUUUGCAGUGGAAUAAAUAUAAUGAACUCCAGCUGUGGCCUGGUCUCCAGCUUAA